UUCGCUACCAACACAUCACUAAUGUGCAACAUGUAAACAGACCGCGGGAAAACGUCAGCGUGAACAUCAUUAACAGACACAUACCUACAGGACAAAGUGUAUCUAAUGAGUUUCAGUCAUGACAGACAUUUUAACACUUGUGUUUCGGACUUUUCUGUCCCAGACGGAUGUAAAGAAGGAGCUCACGGUCCUCUCUCCAUCAGCAUCAACCUGCAGCACGCUGCUGGUCGGAGACAGCCGCAUCAGCCGCUCCGUGCUGCUGCUGGCGGCCGUGACCGCGGCGUCAGAGACGGACAUGAGAGUGAUGUUCUUCACGCAGACACAGAUCCAGAGCCUCCCAGUGGCUCUGCAGAAGUGUAAUACCAGCCUGAGCCCAGAGAGCCUAAAGAAAAUCAAGUUUUCCUAUCCCAGGACAGUGGAGGAGCUGCUGCAGCAGGUGGCCAGCCUUCACGAGUCCACCAACACGUCUCCCACACCUCCCUCGCUGAUCAUCGUUGACAGGCUGGAGGGCUACCUGUGUGGUCCUGGAGGCGGCAGCCACAGUGGAUUUCACCCAGGAGAGCAGUCUUGCGCUGCGCACCUGUCUGCGCUGCUGUGCGACAGCGCUGCCUUCCUCACGCAACUCCUGAGACAACGCUGCCCGAGCUCGGCCCCCUGCCGCAUCAUCGCCUCUUUCCAGUCGGAAGUGGACACUGGGCAAGCCGGCGGGGAGGCCUCUGCCACAGAUCCCAUCCUUGAUGUUCUUGAUCGCUAUUUCCAGGUACGCUGUACGCUGGACCGAGACCGGAGCUAUGAAGCUGCAGCAGCUGGACUGCAGGAGGUGUGGAACAUUUACCUUUCUGGGACAGGCAUCACAGAGGCGUCUUCUACCAAAGACUGUGAGGACAGACCAGCUAUAGCCCAGGAGUGGCAGCUGUUAAUUUCCUCUGAUGGUUUAAUGGAGUUUAAGUUGGCUUGAACAAGUUGGUAUCAAAGACUGUAGCAGUAGGGGAGAAAUUGAAUGUUGAUUUGUUCACUCAGGGAGUUUUGUUCAAAGAAAAUGCAAAUUUUUUAGCCCCUGGCUUUCAAUUUAAAGAGGACCUUUUAUGCUUUUUCUCUUUCCUUUUGUGUGUUAAAUAGUUUUUUGUGCAUAUAAAAGGUCUGCAAAGUUACAAAGCCCAAAGUCUAUGCCAAAAGGAGUUUCUCCCCCCCACAGAAACUCUGCUCCUGAACUGCCUCAACCGCCUUGAUUGAAGUCCCGCCUUUCUUCCGUAACGUAGUGAUGUCAUCAAGUAACACAUCAUCAACAACAAAAUCUGCAUAAUACCUACCAAGCGGCUAGUUUUUGCACGCCCUCAAUACAAAGCUAGUUAGAGCGGAGCUGGAGCAGAGUCUGAAGAGUUUGGUUCGGUUGACCAAUCACAACAGAGUGGGCCAGCUGACCAAUCAGAGCAGACUGGGCUUUUCGGGGGGGGGGGGCAGAAAAGAUGUUUUCAGCCAUGCCUUUCCUUGUUGUCUUAUCACUGAUACAGCAUGAUGUAAUCUGCUCUGCUCACCUUUUCAGAUAUCAGCUAAAAGGACCACAGUGGUUGUAGAUGUACAAUAUUUAAUGAGUUGACAUUUUAAAUGACAUAAAGCUUUGUCAAACGCAUGAAUAAAAUCUUACACAAUGAAAACAUUUACAUAGACAUUGAUGAAUGGGAUUGUUUUGAAAAUUGAAUAGUGGUUACCAACGUUUUUGGUUCAGGACCCCUUAAAACAAAGUCUGAAAAAGGGCAGACAUAUACACUGUACAUCAAAUAAACAUAUAUUUUGUAAAGCAUAUUU